GCUUCCUCCCCGUCACACUUCCCGGAACAUUAUUCUUUCCUAAUAUUCUUUGCCAAGCCGCCAAAGUGGAGAGUGUCGUUGCACCAGGGGGUCCUUCUCGUUUCAGUGUAGGGGGAGAAGGCGGGGGUGCUGCUCAGCACUAUCCCAAGACUGUCUGCAACAGCGAGUCCCUGGGGAAGACCCCAGGUUCUAGCGUUCAGAGAUGGGAACCUUCUCGACGCACUAGACGAGAUGCGAACUCUGAGAAAGGACAACAUGAUGCAAUCUUCCGAAAAGUGAGAGGCAUUCUCAACAAGCUGACCCCUGAGAAAUUUGACAAACUUUGCCUGGAGCUCCUCAAUGUGGGUGUCGAUUCAAAAAUCGUCUUAAAAGGAACAAUCUUACUGAUUGUUGACAAAGCCCUUGAAGAGCCCAAGUACAGCCAGUUGUAUGCUCAACUAUGUCUACGCUUGUCAGAGGAUGCUCCGAACUUUGAAGAGUCUGGUGAAAAUCAAAAGUCACAGAAGCAAAACACCACUUUCAGAAGACUGCUGAUCUCUAAGCUUCAAGAUGAGUUUGAGAACCGUGCCAAAAAUGUUGAAGUCUUUGACAAACACGACACCCCACUCACACCUGAGGAGGAGGAACAACGUGCCGUUGCAAAGAUCAAGAUGUUGGGCAACAUCAAAUUCAUUGGGGAACUUGGCAAACUUCACCUCAUUCAUGAGUCUAUCCUUCAUAGGUGCAUCAAAACACUCUUGGAGAAAAAGAAGAAGGUCCAGCUCAAGGAUAUGGGUGAAGACCUUGAAUGCCUUUGUCAAAUAAUGAAAACCGUGGGCCCUAAACUGGACCAUGACAAGGCAAAGUCUCUAAUGGAUCAGUACUUUGGCCGCAUGAAAGCCUUGACCACCAACAAGGAGCUGCCAGCAAGAAUCCGCUUCCUGCUGCAGAACACUGUGGAGCUGCGGGAGGACAACUGGGCUCCUCGCAAAGCGUACGUGGACAACGGGCCGAAGACCAUCAGUCAAGUGCGCCAGGACGCUGUGAAGGAUAUAGGUGUUUUUAUUCCACCUCCAACUAAUGGAAUGAGGAAUGACUUCUUCAUGGAGAACUCCUUCCUGCCAUCUAGGAUGAAGUUUGAGAAGGAAACUAUCGGCGGCUUGGCUGAUAUGUUUGGUCAAAUGCCAGGAAUUGGCAUUGGUACUGGACCGGGAGUCAUCCAGGAUCACUACUCUCCAACCAUGGGUCGUCACCGCACCAACCCAAUGUUCAACGGCCACAUGGGAAACGGCAAUGGCUCGCACCAGCCUCAGUUCGACACAGGAAGCAAACCCUUUAUCAAGCCAAGUCAGGGACAGGGUUCACCAGUGUUCAACCAUAAACAGAACAUCUCGGUCCAGAUGCAGGCAAAAGAUAUGGCUCCUCGCUUCUCCAAGAAAGGAAAGCUCAAUGCUGAUGAGAUAAGUCUGAGACCAGCGCAGUCCUUCCUCUUGAAUAAGAAGCAGAUGCCCAAGCUGGCGCCACAGAUGUCCAUGAUGUCGUCGCCGCUGGGCCAGGCACCACAGCUCGGUCUCAAAACCAACCCUCCUCCGAUUCAGGAAAAACCUGCGAAGUCUAACAAGAAGGCGCCUCCUACCAAGGAAGAGUUGCUCAAAGUGACUGAGAAACUGGUUUCUGACUACUUGACCAGUGGGAAUGUCAACGACGCAGUAGCUGCCGUGAAGGAGAUGAGGGCCCCCAAACAUUUCUUGUCUGAGAUGUUGAGCAAGAUGGUGGUGUAUUCCCUCGAUCGAUCGGACAGCGACAAGGAGCAAGUGUCCUCCCUGAUCUAUGAACUUUCCCGGGACUCCCUGGUCAGCAGCGAGAACGUUCUGCAGGCGUUUCUCAGCGUUCUCGACCAGUGCCCGAAGAUCGAAGAAGAAAUCCCGCUGGUCAAAUCGUACCUGGCGCAGUUUGCCGCGCGGGCAGCCGUCGCCGACCUGAUCAGCAUUGCGGAUUUGGCCCACCAGCUGGAGAACGGAACCCACUUCCCCCUGUUCUUGCUCUGCCUGCAGCAGAUGGCCAAGCUGAAGGACCGCGAAUGGCUGACCGACAUCUUCCAGCAGAGCAAAGUCAACAUGCUGAAGAUGCUCCCUGAAAUGGAUCAAAACAAAGACAAGAUGCUCGAAAUUCUGGAGGGGAAAGGUCUAUCCUUCUUGUUUCCGCUGAUGAAACUGGAGAAGGAGCUCCUGAAGCAAAUCAAAGUGGAUCCCUCUCCCCAAUCCAUCUACAAGUGGAUCAAAGAUAACAUCUCCCCAAAGCUCCACACUGACAAAGGAUUUGUCAAUAUCCUGACAACCAGUUUCCUGCAGUUCAUUGCCUAUGAGAUUAACCCCGACAACGAUGAGGAGCAGUUUGCUGGCCCCACCAAGGAGCAGCAGGAGGAUGAGAACCAGCUGCUGCUGUCGUUCAAGCCUGUGAUGCAGAAGUUCCUCCACGACCACAUCGACCUGCAGGUGGAGGCGCUGUACGCGCUGCAGGUCCACUGCAACUCCAAGCAGUUCCCCAAAGGAAUGCUGCUGCGCUACUUUGUCAACUUCUACGACAUGGAAAUCAUCGAGGAGGAAGCCUUCUUGUCCUGGAAGGAAGACGUCACUCAAGAGUAUCCAGGCAAAGGAAAAGCAUUAUUUCAGGUGAACCAGUGGCUGACCUGGCUGGAGACGGCCGAGGAGGAAGAGUCGGAGGAGGAGGAUUACUGAGGCCAGCUUGGCCCAGAACCACAUUGAUACAAGAAGCGAUUCUAUUUUUAAACCUUUUGUAGUUUCUGUGUUUCUCCACCACUGUUACAGUCGAUUCCACUAAGAUGCUUUUUCACGUCAGACUUACUGUAUUUAUGUCAUCCCCCAUCAGAUCUGCUAAAUGUAACAGUCCAAGGUUUUAAUUUUUUUUUUUUUUUGUCGGGCGAGGAAUCGCACCAGACCUGCUCCUACAUCUGAAUGAGGUCACGUGCUGCCAUAAACUAACGGUUUACAACAGAAAUCCUUUAAGUUUAAUGCAAAAACUUUUUAUCUAAAUGUUAAUCAGUUUUUGAUGCACUUUGCGGAAUCACUCGUUGCAAUAUUUUUUUUGAGAAAACAAUCUUGUGUGCAGUUGUGCAAUUUUAACUCUAUCACUUGGUGACAGUUUUUAAAGGUGCGCCAGAUUGCACCAGAUCAUAUUGGUGGGAAACCGGUAACUGACUUCCUUUUUUUUUUUCUUUUUUCCCCUCAUCUGGGAUUUUCUCCGUUUUAUGUGCACAAUGUUUCCCUCUUUUUAAACUGUAACGUGAGUAUUUUUGGAGUAUGGAAUUUUUUUUUUUUUUUUUUUUUUUGGUGUGGAAUGAAUCUCUGUGGCCUUUAAUUUAUCAAUUCAAAUGGAUAUACCUCUAAUGUAUCUCUGACUAUACUUGAAUGUCUGGUUUUUAUCAAGUCGAGACAGCCAAAGUUUCAUGUCCUCACUUUUGUCGGUUUGCUGAAUUUGUCAGGUAUUUUAAAAUGGUAUUUUUUAUCUUCAAGAAUUUACACAGAAUGUAUGGUUUGGUAACAUUACUUUCUUUAUGUGUUGCUGUUAUGUCAAGUUUUCAAAGUGUGUAUGUGUGUGAGUAGCAGCAGAUCAAAAACUUUAAUAAAAUAUCAUUCAUUUAAUGCA